GCGUUGGACAAUGCGUCUAAUCAGCUGGCCAGCAGUGUUUUGUAACGUUUCGUGACUUGCUGAAAUGUCUACAACCCUGAAAGAAAACAACAGGAAAUCAGAAGAGAAUCGAGCCUGAGAGUCGUUUGAUGCCAGAAUCAAAUCGACCAUCAGGAAAUCAAAGAAAAUGUUGAAACGCGGAGCAAGUAAAAGUUACAGUGUGGAACCCAUCUACGACCCGAAACAAAUAUCAGCGGUAAGUAAUAGCGAUCAUCCAGCAUCCGGCGAUAUCAGAGAGGAUGCGGAUAAGAAACAGCCGUUGCCCGACUACGCCAAACUCAUGGAGCCGGCCAAGGUGCGCAAGCGGCGCUAUUUCAGUUUGGCUGUCAUCUGUUUCACGGCCUUCAUCCUGGCCUUGUCCAUCUCGAUCGUCAUGACCAGCGCCAAACCUUACUUGGACCUAUUAAGUUUUAUCAUUUUGAAUAAUUCUAUUUCAUCAUUUUUGGCUAUCAAUUUCAUUUCAAUAUUUUUGUCAUUCCUAUUCCAGAUGGAUCCAGAAGCCGGCACCGAGUUUCUAGGACUGUACAUCGCGUCCCAGCCGCUGGCCCAGCUCUUUUUUAGUCCCUUGAUGGGUUUCCUGGGCAAUCGACUGGGAUCGGUCCGAAUUCCGACCAUAAUUUCGACGCUCAUCAUGGCCGUCGGCUUCACUUUUUACGCCUGCAUCUCGGCCUUACCCGAGCCGAGGAAAUGGUACCUCUUUGCAGCUCGAUUCGUCAUCGGAGCCGCUAGCGGGACGUCCACUUUGGGUUACAGUUACGUUGCCUCGGCCAGCACGGUCAAAGAGAGGACGACGGCCCUGUCACUUCUACAAAUGUCCAAGUCCUCGGCCUUUAUCAUUGGCCCACUGAUCCAGGCGGCGUUUGCGUCUCUGGGUGACGGCCAAGACCGUCCGAUCGGCAACGAUUCCCACAUCUACUGGAACAUGUACACGGCUCCGGCCUGGCUGGCCGUUCUGCUGUCGCUCAUCAACAUCGUCGUCCUGAUGCCGUUCAUCUUCACCGAGUUCUACAUCGCCAAAGAGGAGGGCGACUAUUUGGCCGCCAGGGGACUCAAGAAAUCCUCACCCGACGAAGAAAUUGUCACAAAAAUGAAGCCGGACAAAGUGGCCUUGGUCGUCUGCAUCGUCAUCACUGCCACGACUCAAUUUAAUUUCAAUUUCAUCGAAAGCACGGCGACGUUGGUGGUGAUUGAGCAGCUGGGCGUGACUCCGACCAGGGCGGUAGUCUUGGUGGGCAUCAUGUAUUCCGCAGCCGGAGUCUACGGUCUCUUCAUGUUUGGCUUAGUCGGCCCAAUAUCCCGCAAAGUGGGUGAACGGAUUGUGUUGAUGGCCGGAAUUCUAUUCGCCAUGUCGGGAGUUAUCUGCGUCUAUCCCUACGGCGGUCCUCUGCCACCGUUGAAAUUCAUCAACGAAACAAUUGACGAAUUAACGACGGUGAGCCUUUCUAAGUCGUGGAAUCUAUUGGAAUCGCCCAGCAUCGAAGAUGAUUUCCCAAUUUGUUACAACGCCACUUUAGCCUUGACGGAUGGAGCCGGUUGUCCGGUCGACAUUCAGCCCUGGUGUUGCGAGAUUCCAGCCAUCCACUCUGAACAGCUGAUCGCAGGCUACCUGCUCAUCUUCACCGGCGUCCCCAUCGCCAUCAUGAUGGUCAACGUCAUUUUCAGCAAAGUUCUCGGCCCUUAUCCGCAGGGCACCUGGACGGGACUUUUGGGCGCCGGAACGGCCGUGGCUCGAAUCCUAUGUCCACUCUGCGUCACCAGUUUGUACGCCGCCUUCGGCAUGUUGGCCACUUGCGGUUUCCUGACGUCCGUCAUGGUGGUCGUCCUUGUCAUCUUCGCCUUAUCCUUCCGUCGCCUUGUCCCAUAUCGACACGCCCACUCUUAGUUAAAGAGACCUCGCCCUCAAUCAUUUUUCUCAAAUGACUAGUCCUAUUUUAUAUUUGUCCGGCUACAAAAAAUAACAAACGGCCUUAGAAUAUGUCCAUUUCGUCGCUCGAUAAUAUCAAUCUAACUAAAACGCAAAUACAGUUCGAUAUUGUCUAGCCCCCUGGCGGCGGGUUCGGGAUGUUAUCUGAUACACACACAAAGUCGAGAUAACGAUGGCCCAGCCACAAUAUAUUUUGUUGUUUCAUUUGUUGACGAAAUGUUUGACGAUUGUACAAAAUGUUGAAAUAAAUGCGUAAAAAGCCGAUGAAAAAAU